CAGGCCAGAGCCGCGGGUUUCCAGGAACAGUCCGUCCUUGCGUGACCUCCUCCCCCGCUGCCUCUCUGGCCAAGGACUGUCACGUCACACGAGUCAGAGUCGCUGGGCCGGUGCCAGACAUGCGGAAGUGCAGCUGUUGUUGACAAGAAGCCGCCAAAACCCCACGAAUUGCACAGCAACAGCGAAUACUGUUCCUUCUACUCCACAAGCAGCGCCGGGGCACCUGGGAGUUGUAGUCCCGCUGGCGCACUCGGCUGGUGUCUGUGAGCGCGAAGGAACUUCAAUUCCCAGGAUUCCCCUCACCUACACGAUUGGGAGGUGAUUUGCCGACAGCGAGCGCGCGUAACUCACACACCCGCUGGAGCUGAACGUUUCCGAGUAACAGACAUACGGGGAGGUGACCGGGAAGGAAUUUGAAUUCUAAACGCACCGGAGAACCAGUGACGCAAAAACGCCGCCGCCGAGAUGACGUCAUGAGAGCGGUACCCAGUGACGUCAUUGCGCUAGAGCCGGACUGAACCAGCUGCGGGCGCUUCGGCGAUGCUUUAACCCCUUCGUGUCCGCAUGGCGGCGGCAGCAACAACCACAACAACAUCGUCUCCUUUAUAGACUGAGACUGAGACUGAGGGAACCACGAGAAGCCGCUCACAGUCUCACACAGUCGUGAUGAUGUCAGCAACCGGCCGAGUCACCUUCCAGGUCCGCGCAACAACCUCCUCAGGGGAGGUCGUUGCCCUGUGCGGGAACAGCGAUGUUCUGGGUUUGUGGAAACCCCAAAAUGCAGUAAUCCUACAGCCUGAUGAUAAUGAUUGUAACCUUUGGAAAACAUGCGUUCAGCUACCUAUAGGAAUCCCAUUGCAAUAUCGAUAUUUUAAAGGUUGCUUUCUGGAACCAAAGAAUACCAGAGAUUCGUGCCAAGUGAUAAUUCACAAGUGGGAGACCCAUCUACAGCCUCGAUCAAUAAAGCCUUUUGAGAACGAAUGCCUUAAAGAUGAUGGAGACUUUGGAUUCCAGAAUGGCGUUGAAACUGUGGAUUUCGGAUGGCUGACGUGUCAGACAGAGCUUCGAUUACGGCUCCAUUAUUCUGAAAAACAACCAGUUACCAUAUCUAAGAAAAAAUUUAAAAAGUCUAGGUUUAGAGUGAAGUUGACCUUGGGAGGCUUAGAAGAAGAAGAAGGUGAAGAUGAAGAGCAAGAUGCAAUGUCUCCUGUUCUUCUUCCAAAGAUGGCCAGCACGUUCGACAUCUCAUUAAUAAGCAACACUGAGUACAAGUCUCGCCACUCGCAGCCAGAAUGUGGCUAUGCCCUGCAGCCUGAUCGCUGGACAGAAUUCAGUAUUCACACCAUGGAACCAGACAAUUUGGAACUACUUUUUGACUUUUUUGAGGAAGAUCUGAGUGAAGCUGUGGUGCAAGGUGACACUAUUCCUGGGCAUGUGGGAACCGCGUGUCUCCUCUCAUCCGCAAUGACCGAGAAUGGGAAAAGCAAUGGCGUUUUGACCCUUCCCAUAAUGAGCAGAAAUGCAAGACGGACACUUGGGAAAGUUAGAGUGGACUAUAUUGUUAUUAAGCCAAUCCAAGGCCAUCACUGUGACAUGAGAACUUCCUUCUCCAAAUACUGGAAGCCAAGAACACCACUAGAUGUUGGUCACCGGGGUGCUGGGAACUCCACCACAACUGCAAAACUGGCCAAGGUCCGUGAGAACACUGUGGCCUCCCUAAAGAAUGCUGCCAGUCAUGGGGCUGCCUUUGUUGAAUUUGAUGUCCACCUUUCCAAAGAUCACGUCCCCAUCAUAUACCAUGAUCUUACAUGUUGUAUGUCCAUGAAAAGGAAAUUAAAUGCUGAUUCUGUGGAGCUAUUUGAGAUACCUGUUAAAGAGCUUACAUAUGACCAGCUACAGCUAUUAAAACUUGCACAUGUUACUGCACUCAAAUUGAAAGACCAUCAUGAUUCCAUUGAUGACGAAUGUUCUGUUUCUGACAACCAGCCCUUUCCAUCUCUUCAGACGGUUUUGGAAUCUGUCCCUGAAGACGUUGGGUUCAACAUAGAAAUCAAGUGGAUCUGCCAGGAAAAAAGCGGCAAAUGGGACGGUAAUCUGGCCACUUAUUUCGACAUGAACCUUUUCUUGGACAUCAUUUUAAAAACCAUCCUGGUAAAGGCCGGCCGGAGGCGAGUGGUGUUCUCCUGCUUUGAUGCAGAUAUUUGCACAAUGGUUCGACUGAAGCAGAAUAAAUACCCCAUACUCUUUCUGACACAAGGGCAGUCCGAUAUUUAUCCAGAGCUGAUGGAUCUUCGAUCUCGUUCAACUCCAAUUGCCGUUAGUUUUGCUCAGUUUGAAAAUCUCUUGGGAAUCAAUGUGCACACUGAGGAUCUCCUAAGGAACCCGAAUUACAUUCAAGAAGCUAAAUCCAAGGGCUUAGUGGUAUUCUGUUGGGGAGACGACACCAACGAUCCAGAGAACCGUCAACUAAUGAGAGAAUAUGGGAUUGAUGGAUUAAUAUAUGACAGGAUUUACGACUGGAACCCUGAACAGCCAAACGUAUUCCAGGUGGAGCAUAUGGAGCGUCUCAAGCGAGAACUUCCAGCGGAAAUGUUGAAAAGCUGCGCCUGUCCCGUCUUUAACCACUUCUGCGCUUCCUCUUCCUGCUUCAAUGACCGAAUACUUGUGGAGACCAAUGGCAUCGCUUCCCAACAGCCAGUUUAACUCUUCAGCUUCCAUUAGCUUCUCAGGGCUGCAUGUGCUGCAGAAACUUCCAUCUGUCGUCCCUAUUAAACCAAUCGUCUAGUUAUUGUCUUCAGAACCUGCUCAGACCCAAGUAUUUUGCCUAAAUAUGUUGGUUGGUCAGAGAUCAUUAUCAUUCCUGUACACAAUCCUUUUUACACCCAGGAGAAUUCACUUCCACUGGUGCAUUCAAAUAGUUGUAAAAUAUUCUCUUUUUUUCUCUGUGCAAAAUGAAUGCAAGACUUAACCAGAGGUACCUCUAUGGCAGUGAUCUUCUGCUUGUAAGUGCAAUACUGAAUGUUCAUGUAGCAGCUGUCCCCUAUAUGUCCCCCCUAUAUGUCCCCCCUAUAUGUCCCCUAUAUGCACAUUUAUUAUUGCUCUACUGGAGCGCGUCCUUAUGUCUGGCCAGCGCACGUUACCUCAGAAGCAGACUUUGCACAACUACAUUAUGUCUGUCCCAUAUUGUCUGAGAAUAGAGAACAAUGUUGUGCCAUACUUGCUGUAUCUGUACUGUAUAUCCCUUCAGAUCAUGUCUGUGCCUCCAGCCCGUGGCUCUCCUGUUGCUGGCUUGUACAAAUGAGGCUAGUGGCCCAACUGUGUAUUCAUACAGCCACGUCUGGGUAUUGCCUACAAAUUCAAUAACUGUAGAACAAGGGUGCCAAUCUCACACAGCCCCCCACAAAAUGUGGGGAAUCACAAAUUCCAGCAUUCUAAGCCGAGUGCUGGCAGCUGUAGUAAAAGGGGGUUGUUCACCUUUAAAUUAACUGUUAGUAGGAUGUAGAGAGGGAUAUUCUGAGACAAUUUGCAAUAGGUUUUUAUUAUUUGAGGUUAUUUAGCUUUCUAUUCAGCAGCUCUCCAGUUUGUCAUUUCAUCUGGUUGCUAGGAUCUAAAUAAUCUAGCAACCAUGCAAUGAUUUGAGUGAAUAAGAAAUAAAAAGGAACGGUAGCAAUACAUUUGUAGCCUUACAGAGGAUUUGUUGUUUAAAUGGGGUCGGUGACCCAAUUUGAAAGCUACAGAUAAAAACUAAAUAAUGAAGAGGCUUGGAAUAGGCCAAUUUAUAACAUACUGAAAGUUAACUUGAGUGAACCACCCCUUUAAUGAAAACUAUACUCUAUUUACAAGAAGGCUGUAAAUGUUCUCUUUGAUUUACCCUAAGCUUUUUUUAUCUUACUCUCUGCACAAACAUUCCUUUAACACAGUUUGUAUUUAUAAAUGAUUGGCAAGA